UGUUGUCACCACCAAGAAGGAGCACCGGUCCAGCCCCCCCAACGAUCAGUCUGUGCUUGGAUUAUCCAACAGUGCACAAAUGGAUUAGAGCGUCACAUGUCGGCCUAAAUGCGUCUGCUGUUAAACCCACCUCCACCCCAGGCACCCCCACCUCCAACCAUCUGCGUUCGGCCACCAUUUAGCGAGAGCUACCUUCAGCAUCACAAGGUGGAACGCCGGGGACGAGGGCAGACGGGCAGAGGAUCCGGGUCAGAUGGGGUCUUGUUAGUCCAGUGACGUCCAAGGGAGGAGGCAGAGAGAAAGCAGUGAGGAGAGUGUACAGUACAUGUCUGAGUGUGUGUGAGAGCGAGCGAGGACAGCCAGACAGGAGGAAGAAGACAACGCAAAGGUAAGAAGGAAAGAAGGGGCUGCAAUUUCAACGAGUGGAUCCAGAUUUAGAGCAAAUAAUGGCCGAGCCGGAGCUGAAAUUACGGAGCAGCCGGGAAAGCGUUACCAAGGACAAGAUGGGCGACCCAGAACAAGAUGACCAGAUUGCCGAGAGAGUUCCUCCGUCGGCCCCCUUGAGCCCGUCUGACCCGCCAGCCGGCAAAGAGCAGAAGAUCGAACUCAAGCGCAGCAUCACCCUCUUCAACGGCGUGGGCAUGAUCAUAGGCACCAUCAUCGGCUCGGGCAUCUUCGUCACGCCGACGGGCGUGGUGAAAGAAACGGGCUCGGCCGGACUCUCCUUGAUCAUUUGGUCCGUCUGCGGGGUGAUCUCCACCAUGGGGGCGCUCUGCUACGCCGAGCUGGGCACCACCAUCACCAAGUCCGGCGGCGACUACACGUACAUCCUGGAGGUGUACGGCGAGCUGGCCGCCUUCCUCAAGCUGUGGGUGGAGAUGCUCAUCAUCCGGCCGUCGUCGCAGUACGUGGUGUCGCUGGUGUUUGCCACGUACCUCCUCAAACCCAUCUACCCCAACUGUGCUGUGCCCGACAGUGCCGCCAAGCUCAUCGCCUGUCUGUGUCUCACUGCCCUGACCUUUGUCAACUGUAUCAGUGUGAAAGCCGCCACCAAGGUCCAAGACUUGUUCACGGUGUCCAAACUGCUUGCGCUGGUCAUCAUCAUUCUCUUUGGCUUCAUACAGAUCUUCACAGGUGACGUGCACUACCUGAAACCAGAGAACGCCUUUGAAGGCAGCAAAGUGGGUGUUGACAAUAUUGUCUUGGCCCUGUACAGUGGUUUGUUUGCUUUUGGAGGCUGGAAUUACCUGAAUUACGUAACUGAGGAGAUGAUCAAUCCAGAGAGAAAUCUGCCCCUAUCAAUCAUCAUCUCCAUGCCCGUUGUGACGGUUGUGUACAUCCUGACCAACUUAGCCUACUUCACAACCAUUUCUCCUCAAGACAUGAUUGACUCAGAGGCUGUCGCCGUGAGUUUUGGCGAGUACCACCUGGGUGUGAUGUCGUGGCUGAUCCCAGUGUUUGUGGGGCUUUCUUGUUUUGGAGCUGUAAAUGGAUCCCUGUUCACAUCAGCACGUUUGUUCUACGCUGGAGCCCGCGAGGGUCAACUUCCUGCUGCUUUGGGGCUGGUCCACACAGAACUUUUCACACCGGUGCCAUCCCUCAUCUUCACAUGUGUGCUGUCCAUGCUCUACGCCAUCUCUCAGGACAUCUUCUCUGUCAUCAAUCUGUUCAGCUUCUUCACUUGGCUCUGUGUUGGGAUGGCAAUCGCUGGAAUGCUCUGGCUGCGAUUUAGGAAGCCCAACCUCAAAAGGCCAAUAAAGAUCUGGUUAUUUAUCCCUGUGGCUUUUGUCCUUGGCUGCGUCUUCAUGAUCAUCGUGUCCUUCUGGGCGGCUCCCACCGAGUGCCUGAUUGGCUGCAGCAUCAUUCUCACGGGCAUCCCGGCGUACCUGCUGGGCUACAAGUGGAAGAAGCCGCGUGUGGUCAAGAAGAUGCUCGAAAUCUUCACCAUGUUCUGCCAGAAGAUAUUCCUGGCCGUCCCCGAGGAAAAGCGCACCGAGACCGACGAAUCGGACUAACGCCCGAUGAUCCUCAACCAGCCCAACAACUCAUGGCUCAACAUUUUGUUUACUUGAACAUUUGCAGUUUUCGUGGUAUUUGGCGUUUUGUUCUAUUUUUCUUUUGUGGAGAAACUUGGUCAAGGAGGGUUUACAUAAAUGUAUGCACUUUUGUUCAAAGUGUGUAUUUGCAAAAACAUGCUUCUGUGCAUACUAAUUGCAUUCAUUGUAGACUAUGAAAAGCUGCAUACAACGCACACUAUAGUGGCCUAAAUUGUACACAGUUAUGUUUCAGUGUUGGUGCUCUCACACACUUUUUAGUAGGAUUUGACACAAAAUCAGGGGCGGGAAAAAUUUCCUUUUUCCCUCUUCUCCCUUAAAUCAAAGCCAAAUAUAGCAGUCAGACAUGCUUAUAGAGCGAUAAAGUGCUGGAAUUUAGUGUGACUUCCUCCUACAUUUUUGUAAGGGCAUGUUGAAAAUGUUUCAUUGAGAUGAAAUACAAAAAAAAAAAAACAUGACACGUGUAAUCUUAGUGUGACUAGACUAACACAACUGAUGAAAAUUAGAAGUAAAGUGGUUAGCCGAUAGUUGCACACUACUAAUAUAAUGAAUGUGUGAAUGAUCCCUUUGAAUAUUUUUUGUUUCAUAUCCAUUUGUACACGAAGCACAAAUGUGUAUUUAUAUGUGCGCACUGAUUUUAUGCUGUUGUGUUUACUGUUACAAGUAAAAAUGGCAAAGUUUUUCUGCGUUUGAAGGAAACUAACGAUUAAUCAAAGAUUUACGUUUACAUUUUUGGGAAUGUUCCAAGUUGCGUGGAUACUGCGGCCUCCUGCCACAUUCCAAAAACACGAACGUUUGGUCCAUUGAACAUGCUGAAUUUUAAUUGCUGAAUUAUUGUCUGUAUGUGAUUAUCUAUGAUUGAAGUCAAGCGUGGACCCUGCCUCUCCUGCGACCAUGUGGACAAGCGCUAUUGAAAAUGGAUGGAAGGAUGGAUGGAUUUACAGUAUGUUCCGCAGUCACUAUGACUGCUUCUAAGUUCUGUGCUUCUGUGGAGUUUGGAUCUUCUUCCAAGAUCCCCCGCCUUCCCCCACAUACAGAUUAAGUUCACUGAAGACAAUUGUCUAUAGGUCUUGUUUUUUAAAGUUUGUUUUUCUGCCUUGCAACUGACUGGUGAGCAGUCCAGCGUGUACCCCGCCUCUUACUCAAAGUUAGCUGGGAAAGGCUGCAGCACAAACGCUCCCAUAAUGGUAACCUCAGCCAUGACUCUGCUGCAGCAGACUCCAUUUUUGCAAGUGUUACUGCCGUGUUCCUAUUUUGGAUUGCGUGUACCUAUCAUGUGUGCGGAUAUUUGCAACUUGACAGAAUGUCCCAACCCAACUGAGUUGCAUCCCAGGGGAAUUUCGUGGGCUCUCCUUUGAAAAAUGAUGCAUGCUUCAAGGUAUAUCCGUUACAUACUUUCAAGCGUUCGCGUUUCAAAAUUAAAAAGCAGUCUAUAACCUUUUAAUGGCAGGUUAUUGUGUUUUCUUUGCAAAAAAAAAGUAUGGAUAUAUACAUACAUUUACAUACAUUUUCUGAACUGCUUAUCUUCACAAGGGUCACGGGAGCGCCGUAGCCAAUCCCAGCUGUCAUCAGGCAGGGGCCAUAGUACAUCCUGAACUGGUUGCCAGCCAAUCGCAGGACACUAAGAGACAAACACACUCACAAUCACAGCUAUGGGCAAUUUGGAGUCUUCAACCAACUUGGGGUGCAUGUUUUUGGGGAUGUGGGAGGAAACCGGAGUACCUGGAGAAAACCCACGUAGGCGCGGGGAAACAUGCAAACUCUACACAGGCAGGGCUGGGAUUUGAACCCCGGUACUCAGAACUUUGAGCCCAACGCUUUACAGCUGUCACACGGUAUACACUGCUUAUUUUCUCAUAUGAUUUAGAGCUGCUUCUCAGUCAAUUGCAAUGUAGCAACAAACUUAAUUGUUGAUUUUUUUGUACUUAAUUUCAUUCAGUAGUUAAAUAUCUAAAGUGCAUAUUGAUUCACGAUAUAAAGUGAACUACCGUAUUUAUUAAUUUUUAAUGAUUUUGAUAGAAUGUAGCUAACAAAACAACUGCAUUUUCAAUCACGACAAAUUUGAAUAUUCCACAAGUAACAACGCCAUUUGCGUUUUUAAUAGAAAAAUCCUGUAGGAAACAGCCUAUUGAAAAGCAUCUCCCUUUGUGUUGAACGAAUGCAUAUGAUAGGAUGGAGAGAAAUAGAUUAACUGUCCUGUGAGGAGAACAUCUGUAAGAAAAUUUUUAAAAAGUCAAUUAUUCUGUUAUUGGUCAUCAAUUUUUGUGGUUGACUGUUAAAUCUUCAAAGUAAGUGGGACAUGGAUUGUGAAAACAAGGGAGCACUGUAAGCCUUCCCUUUUAACCAUGAAUAUUAAGCACAGCAAUAGACAGAUUGGUGAAUGUAUUCGGUGAACAAAUUGGAUCCAAAUAUAUACAGCAGUGUAUAUAGAAAGAGUCAAUGAAUGUCCACUAAAAAGUGUGAAGAACCAACCCCCAUGUGAUGUGUGCGCGUCA